GUUAGACCUGCCUGUAGGUCAUUUACAGUAGGCUACACACCCUGGAACGAAAUAAGUUUUUUUCUGCUGUCCAGACUGAGCAUGCAACGCGGACACGGUCGAGUAGACCUACAGACGUGAUGGCCUCUGAUCCAGAUGGAGAGAAGAAGAGGAGCAGAGCAUACAAAGUGUCUUCAUCUGACUCUGACAGAUGGACACCAGAGGAGGUAGAUGUCCAUAAGAAAUUCCGGUCCACAUUGAAAAGCAAAUUUCAGCAUCUAGUUGAGGGAGUACCUAAUCAGGGAGAAACCAAACUCCUCCAAGAGAUCUUUACAGAGCUCUAUAUCACAGAGGGGGGAAGAGGAAGGGUCAAUGAUGAACAUGAGGUCAGACAGAUAGAGAGAGCAUCCUGGAGACCAUGUGGCAGACCAAUCAAAUGCAGUAACAUCUUUAAACCCUUAUUGGAUGAUGAUGAAGCAUCUGAUGUAUCUUCUCACAGACAGCACAAACCCAUCAGAACAGUGCUGACAAAGGGAGUGGCUGGCAUUGGGAAAACAGUCUCUGUGCAGAAGUUCAUCCUAGACUGGACUGAAGAUGAAGCCAAUCAGGAUGUCCACUUCAUAUUUCCUCUUUCUUUCCGAGAGUUAAACCUGAUGAUGGACAAGAAACUUAGUCUGGUGGAGCUUAUUCAACACUUUUUUCCAGAAAUAAAAGAUUCAAAAAUCUUCACCAGCUCAAAGCGCAGAAUUAUGUUCAUCUUUGAUGGUCUGGAUGAGUGUCGACUUCCUCUAGAUUUCCAUUCCAACCUGAGUUGUUGUGAUGUGACAAAGCCAAUCUCAGUGAGCGUGCUGCUGACAAACCUCAUCAGGAGGAAUCUGCUUCCCUCUGCUCUCCUCUGGAUCACCACCCGACCAGCAGCAGCCAGUCAGAUCCCUCCUCAGUAUGUGGACCAGGUGACAGAAAUAAGGGGAUUUAAUGACCCACAGAAAAAUGAGUACUUUAAGAAGUACUUUAAGAAAAUAACCAGUGAUGAGAACCUCGUCAACAAAACCAUCACACACCUGAAGUCAUCCAGGAGCCUCUACAUCAUGUGUCACAUCCCAGUCUUCUGCUGGAUUUCAGCCACUGUGGUAGAGAGAUCAUGUGAAUCAGAAAAAUUAGAAAUGCCAAGAACUCUCACUCAAAUGUACACUCACUUCCUGGUCAUUCAGACAAGCAUAAAACAUCUCAAGUACACAGAGAGAAAAGAGACAGAUGAAGAGAUGAUUUUCAAACUGGGGAAAAUGGCUUUCCAACAAUUGGAGAAAGGCAAUCUGAUCUUCUAUGAGGAAGACCUGAGAGAAUGUGGGAUUGAUGUCAUAGAAGCAUCAGUGUACUCAGGAGUGUGUACUCAGAUCUUCAGAGAGGAGUCUGGGCUGUACCAUGGGAAGUGGGAGACUAGGACAUUUGAGUUUAAGAUUCCAGAAGAGCAGUUGGAUAAGUUUGACCUGCAGAAGUACAUAAGGACACCAGAGACUGAUCAGACUGAACUCCUCAGUCCAGAUGAAGUUCUUCAGAGGCUGGUUCCAGUGGUCACAUCAGCACGGUUCCUCUGCUCAGUCCUUAAGCACACAGCCAAGAACCUGGACCUGGACCUGCUGCCUUGUGGGUGUUGA